GUUCCUGCCUCUUGUUGGCGUUUCAUGGGCAGCAAACCUGGCCCUUCAAAGUUCUAGAAUGUUCCUGACUCUUGUUGGUGUUUCAUGGGCAGCAAAACUGGCCCUUUUUAUCUCAGCUGUAGAUCCUUGAAGGACAGCAAGGCCUAUGUGACCAUUCUCUAAAAUAUUUAAGCUCGAGAAUCACAGAGCGGAAGCUGCAAGGCUCCUGGCUGCCUGCCAGCCGAGGGAAUCUGGAGAAACCAUUCCUGGGGCCACGUGGCCCCGUCGUGCCCUUGUUCUGCCCUCGGAAUGGCCUUCACUCAGCACAUCCUGAGAACAGCCCUCUGAAGCCCAGGGUCGUGACCGUAGUGAAGCUGGGUGGGCAGCGCCCCCGAAAGAUCACUCUGCUCCUCAACAGGCGAUCAGUGCAGACGUUCGAGCAGCUCUUAGCUGACAUCUCAGAAGCCUUGGGCUCUCCCAGAUGGAAGAAUGACCGUGUGAGGAAACUGUUUAACCUCAAGGGCAGGGAAAUCAGGAGCGUCUCUGAUUUCUUCAGGGAAGGGGAUGCUUUCAUAGCUAUGGGCAAAGAACCACUGACACUGAAGAGCAUUCAGGUGGCUGUAGAAGAACUGUACCCCAACAAAGCCCGGGCCCUGACACUGGCCCAGCACAGCCGUGCCCCUUCUCCAAGGCUGAGGAGCAGGCUGUUUAGCAAGGCUCUGAAAGGAGACCACCGCUGUGGGGAGACCGAGACCCCCAAGAGCUGCAGCGAAGUUGCAGGAUGCAAGGCAGCCAUGAGGCACCAGGGGAAGAUCCCCGAGGAGCUUUCACUAGAUGACAGAGCGAGGACCCAGAAGAAGUGGGGGAGGGGGAAAUGGGAGCCAGAACCCAGUAGCAAGCCCCCCAGGGAAGCCACUCUGGAAGAGAGGCACGCAAGGGGAGAGAAGCAUCUUGGGGUGGAGAUUGAAAAGACCUCGGGUGAAAUUAUCAGAUGCGAGAAGUGCAAGAGAGAGAGGGAGCUCCAGCAGAGCCUGGAGCGUGAGAGACUUUCUCUGGGGACCAGUGAGCUGGAUAUGGGGAAGGGCCCAAUGUAUGAUGUGGAGAAGCUGGUGAGGACCAGAAGCUGCAGGAGGUCUCCCGAGGCAAAUCCUGCAAGUGGGGAGGAAGGGUGGAAGGGUGACAGCCACAGGAGCAGCCCCAGGAAUCCCACUCAAGAGCUGAGGAGACCCAGCAAGAGCACGGACAAGAAAGAGGACAGAGGCCCAGAGGAUCAAGAAAGCCAUGCUCAGGGAGCAGCCAAGGCCAAGAAGGACCUUGUGGAAGUUCUUCCUGUCACAGAGGAGGGGCUGAGGGAGGUGAAGAAGGACACCAGGCCCAUGAGCAGGAGCAAACAUGGUGGCUGGCUCCUGAGAGAGCACCAGGCGGGCUUUGAGAAGCUUCGCAGGACCCGAGGAGAAGAGAAGGAGGCAGAGAAGGAGAAAAAGCCAUGUAUGUCUGGAGGCAGAAGGAUGACUCUCAGAGAUGACCAACCUGCAAAGCUAGAAAAGGAGCCCAAGACGAGGCCAGAAGACAACAAGCCAGAGCGGCCCAGCGGUCGGAAGCCACGGCCCAUGGGCAUCAUUGCCGCCAAUGUGGAAAAGCAUUAUGAGACUGGCCGGGUCAUCGGGGAUGGGAACUUUGCUGUCGUGAAGGAGUGCAGACACCGCGAGACCAGGCAGGCCUAUGCGAUGAAGAUCAUUGACAAGUCCAGACUCAAGGGCAAGGAGGACAUGGUGGACAGUGAGAUCUUGAUCAUCCAGAGCCUCUCUCACCCCAACAUCGUGAAAUUGCAUGAAGUCUACGAAACAGACAUGGAAAUCUACCUGAUCCUGGAGUACGUGCAGGGAGGAGACCUUUUUGACGCCAUCAUAGAAAGUGUGAAGUUCCCGGAGCCCGAUGCUGCCCUCAUGAUCAUGGACUUAUGCAAAGCCCUCGUCCACAUGCACGACAAGAGCAUUGUCCACCGGGACCUCAAGCCGGAAAACCUUUUGGUUCAGCGAAAUGAGGACAAAUCUACUACCUUGAAAUUGGCUGAUUUUGGACUUGCAAAGCAUGUGGUGAGACCUAUAUUUACUGUGUGUGGGACCCCAACUUACGUAGCUCCCGAAAUUCUUUCUGAGAAAGGUUAUGGACUGGAGGUGGACAUGUGGGCUGCUGGCGUGAUCCUCUAUAUCCUGCUGUGUGGCUUUCCCCCAUUCCGCAGCCCUGAGAGGGACCAGGACGAGCUCUUUAACAUCAUCCAGCUGGGCCACUUUGAGUUCCUCCCCCCUUACUGGGACAAUAUCUCUGAUGCUGCUAAAGAUCUGGUGAGCCGGUUGCUGGUGGUAGACCCCAAAAAGCGCUACACAGCUCAUCAGGUUCUUCAGCACCCCUGGAUCGAAACGGCUGGCAAGUCCAAUACAGUGAAACGACAGAAGCAGGUGUCCCCCAGCAGCGAGGGUCACUUCCGGAGCCAGCACAAGAGGGUUGUGGAGCAGGUAUCAUAGUCACCGCCUUGGGAAUCUGUCCAGCCCCCAGUUCUGCUCAAGGACAGAGAAAAGGAUAGAAGUUUGAGAGAAAAACAAUGAAAGAGGCUUCUUCACAUAAUUGGUGAAUCAGAGGGAGAGACACUCAGUAUAUUUUAAAGCAUAUUAAAAAAAUUAAGUCAAUGUUAAAUGUCACAACAUAUUUUUAGAUUUGUAUAUUUAAAGCCUUUAAUACAUUUUUGGGGGGUAAGCAUUGUCAUCAGUGAGGAAUUUUGGUAAUAAUGAUGUGUUUUGCUUCCCCUUUGUAACCAAGUUUAUUCUGUACUACAGGAGUGGUGCUUACCAGGGUCUAAACUCCCCCUGUGAGAUUAAUAAGGUGCAUUGUGGUCUUUCUGUGUUAAUAAAAUGUGCUCUGAAUAACAGAA